GAUGGCAGAUUUCGAUGCCAUCAACACCAUCGAGAGAGAUGAAGAGGAGAAUUCUUCCUCGUCUCUCGAGUCGUACACACAGACGCCAGAGCCAGUCAUCAUAAGAGGGGCGGGCAACAUUACAGUGUUCGGUCUAAGCAAUCGCUUCUGUCGAGAUUUCCCAAGUGCGCUGACUGGCAGGUUAGCUCCCGAAGAGUUCACAGGCUCGGUGGGGAGAGUGAACACCGUCCUCAGGAAGACUCUGCCAGUAUCUGCCCGGUGGCUUCUGUGUGGCUGCUGCUUCUGUUUGUGUACCUGUGGCUGCUCUCUCUGGCCUGUUAUAUGUCUUAGUAAAAGGACUCGAAAUGCAAUAGAGAAGACUUUAGAAGCAGAAAACACCAACUUGUACCACAAACUUGGCCUUCACUGGCGACUAGCAAGACAACGCUGUGAUAAUUCUUCUCUCAUGGAAUAUGUGUUGGUGAUAGAGGUCAUCCCCAAAAAAGACAUACUGCGACCCGACUGACGGAGCUGGUUGGCCUCGUCCCCAGAAGCAAACCAGGGGAGGCUAACACCCACGAUGGCUCGUCGGGUUUAAUGACAGACCUUCAAGGGUCUCGUCAUAUAUCUUUUAGAGUCACGUUAUUCAUCAUUACUGUAAUUGGUGAGGCAUUCUACCUGUGCUUUUGCAUUUGUCUCACUUCACACAUUUCACUUGUUUCUUGCUAAGAUUGACAAGGUUAUAAUUUGUGAUGUAUAUACCAGAUUUAUUGCAUAUAUGAUGUGUACAUGAUAGCACUGUAUAUAUAGGAGGCUCGUGGGGCCGUGUUUCUCUGCCAUAUUUGUGUUUUAAGUACAAUUACCACAGUACAUUAUGAGAGAAGGGACGGUUCACACACAGUUUAGCCUUCCUUACAGUAUAGUAUUAACAACAGUAAAAGUCAUUGUAAUGUGCUGUAAUUAAUAUAUAUUAGCACAUGAGUCACACGGGUCAACCUCUUGCUGAGUCACUGUUUACACUUCAUCUUUUAUAGUAAAAUAUUGAUAUGUAAUGAGACAGACAUUGGUACACCACAGACAGGACCUCACACACUACCAUGACUCACACACUUUACACCUAACCCACUCUCUUAAGUGAAAGGAGGUGUGGUGAGGUGAGGUUAGGUGAGGUGAGGUGAGGCUAGCUGAGUUGAGGCUAGCUGAGGUGAGGUGAAGUUUGGUUAGGUUAAGUCAAUAUAUAUAUCUUUUUACUUUCUCUCUGUAUGAUGAUUUGGCCUGUCCACUUGGGUAAAUCCAGCUUAUCCGUCAUUGUACAUCCACGUUAUCUAUCAUUCUACAUCCAUCUUACUAAGUCAGUCUUGUAUAACAACUCAAUCAAUUCAUCUCGGUCAUUCUUGUACAAAAUUCCGUCAUGUGCGUUCACCUAACCUAACCUACCCUAACCCAGGCCAGUGUAACCCAAUCUAACCCAGGCAAACUGAACCCAACCAAAUCUACCUCACCCUAACCUCACCCUAACCUAAUCUAUCCUGUUUGGUUUGUAUUAUAACUUUCAGUAAGGUUAAGUUACUUUGAAACUCAUUUGACUUGUCACCAACCAACCAACAGACUUUGUUCUUUAACCAUCUUUAAAUGUUGGCCACUUUGCUGACAACAUCAUCGCCAACUUCCACUCCAUCAAUUGUACUAAUACAUACUACAAUAUUUGUCUUGUGUCUGGUCCAAAAUGUUGUUUUUGUUUGGUCAUGAAAUCCCAGAAUAUCUCAAAACUUUACAUCUUCUGUUUCUCUACCAACACAUAGUCUUACUACAACUUAAUAAUGUGUGUGUGUGUGUAAUGGUCAGCAUCCUCGCCUCGCAAGCGAGUGGACCUGAGUUCGAUCUUCGGGCAGGAUGAAAUUAUGGGCAAGUUUCUUUAUGCUAUUUGCCUCUGUCUACCCAGUAGUAAUUGGGAACCUAGAUGUUAAUCGAUUUGUGGAUCGUGUUCCUGGGUAAUGGUUAGCCAGUGCAGUUCGUUA